AUGCUGCCAAUAAUUUCCAGCCAUCGCCUUUGGUGGGGUAGGCUUCAGAGGAGUAUCUGCCUGAACCAAGCAGUGCUAAACAGGCAGCACUUACAGCAUGUGCACAUCAGAGUUGGAGACCGGGCUGAACUCAGUAGGGCCUUCACACAGAGGGAUGUGGCUGUCUUCUCAGAAUUAACAGGGGAUGUCAAUCCUUUGCACUUGGAUGAAGAUUUUGCAAAACAUACCAGAUUUGGAAAGACGAUUGUACAUGGAGUUUUGAUCAAUGGACUUAUUUCAGCUCUCCUAGGUACUAAAAUGCCAGGGCCAGGCUGUGUAUUUCUUUCCCAGGAAAUUAACUUUCCAGCCCCUUUAUAUGUUGGGGAAGUUGUUUUAGCUUCUGCAGAAGUGAAAAAGCUGAAGCGGUUCCUUGCUGUUAUUGCAGUGUCAUGUUUUGUACUAGAAAGUAAAAAGACUGUUAUGGAAGGCUGGGUUAAAGUUAUGGUCCCAGAAGCUCCCACAUCCUGAAAUAUGUCUUUAAAGAUGCAAGUUCAGGCAUCAGUGUUACUAUUAAUGAACAGCCUCUGAGGAAAACAAGGAUUGCUGUUCUUCACCAAGGAGGGGCUGAUAGACCCAUAAACCCACAUUGGUGGAGGGGAGCUGGUAGAGGGGUGUUCCAUUGUCCACUUAUGCUUUGGCCUUAUGCAUCACACAGGCUUAAGUAUAUUUAUCAUAUGUCUAGGUUUUUAAAACUGAAAAAAUAGGGAAUUCCCUGAUGGUCCAGUGGUUAGGACUCUGGGCUUUCACUGCCAUGGGUGCGAGUUCAGUCCCUGGUUGGGGAACUAAGAUUCCGCAAGCUGUGUGACACAGCCAAAAAAAAAAACCAAAGAAAAAGUGAG